AAAUCGAAAACUAUGCGAUCAACGUUCUUGUGAAAAACAACAAAAAUAUUGCUUCUAUUAAUUUUGAUUUUAAUCGUUAUACUGCAACUAUUAAUUUGUUUGACAGCAACUAUAGAGUUUUAGAUUUGGAUACUAGCAAUAAUCAAAAUAGCGAAACAGAGAAUAAUCUUAUCAAACUUUUUUCAAAUGGACAAUAUAAUGAAAAUGAAGAUUUAAAUAAUAAUGAGCAUUCACGUAGAAAUGAUCUUGUUCAG